AUAAAGUUAAAAAUAAGCAUCAUGCGCUUCGUGGUAUUGAAAAAAAAGAACUUUGUCAAAUAAAAAAAAACAAUCCUUCUAUUAAACUUUCCGAAUUAGCAAAACAAUUUGAAUGUGGUGAAUCAAUGGUCAAUGAAAUUCUAUCAAAUAGCAAUUUUUGGUUAAAUAUUGAUGAAGAUUCCGCUAUUAGUACAUUUAAAAGAAGAUGUCAAAGCAGUUUUCCUAAUAUAGAAGAAGCAUUAGGUCUUUGGGUAGAAAAUGCCAUAA